AUGUCUUCUACCGCUAUUCCCAAGCGCGUUGCGCUCAAUCGCAAUCAGUCCUCAACGGCCAGCUCUGUGUCGCCCUCGCCCUUUGACAGCCCUCACCAGUCCCCCUCCUCUACCUCUCUUUCCUCAAUGGGUUCGGAGCAGGAGGCUAGCAAGAUGCUCGAUACCUACGGCAACGAGUUCAAGAUCCCCGACUAUACGAUCAAGCAGAUCCGCGAUGCCAUUCCCGCUCACUGCUUCCAGCGCUCCGCAGUCACUAGUUUGUACUAUGUCUUCCGGGACAUGGCCAUCCUAGGAUCCGUCUUCUACCUCUUCCACAACUAUGUCACCCCCGAGACCGUUCCCUCGAUGCCAGCCCGCGUGGUCCUCUGGACCCUGUACACCAUCGUGCAAGGUCUUGUCGGCACCGGUGUGUGGGUUCUAGCUCACGAGUGCGGCCACCAGGCCUUCUCUCCCUCUAAGGUCCUGAACGAUACUGUUGGCUGGAUCUGCCACUCCCUUCUGCUCGUCCCUUACUUCUCCUGGAAGAUCUCCCACGGCAAGCACCACAAGGCCACUGGAAACCUGGCUCGCGACAUGGUCUUCGUUCCUAAGACCCGUGAAGAGUACGCUACUCGCGUCGGCAAGGCCUUGCAUGAACUCGGCGAGCUGUGCGAGGAGACCCCCAUCCUGACCGCCGGCCACCUUCUGGCCCAGCAGCUCUUCGGCUGGCCCAUGUACCUGCUCAACAACGUCACCGGCCACAACAACCACUCCAAGCAGCCCGAGGGCCGCGGUGUUGGCAAGCAGAACGGCUGGGGUGGUGGUGUUAACCACUUCAACCCCUCCAGCCCUCUGUACGAGGCCAAGGAUGCUAAGCUCAUUGUCCUGAGUGACCUGGGUCUCCUGCUCACUGGCUCCGCCCUGUACUACAUUGGCAGCAACUUCGGAUGGUUGAACCUGCUGGUCUGGUACGGUCUCCCUUACCUGUGGGUUAACCACUGGCUCGUCGCUAUUACCUUCCUCCAGCACACCGAUCCUACCCUUCCUCACUACCAACCCGAAGUGUGGAACUUCGCCCGUGGCGCUGCCGCUACUAUCGACCGUGACUUCGGCUUCGUCGGCCGCCACAUCUUCCACGGUAUCAUUGAGACCCACGUGCUGCACCACUACGUCAGCAACAUCCCCUUCUACAACGCCGACGAGGCCAGCGAGGCCAUCAAGGUCGUCAUGGGCGACCACUACCGCACUGAGGCUCACACCGGCUGGACUGGUUUCUUCAAGGCCAUGUGGACCUCUGCCCGUGUCUGCCACUUCGUUGAGCCCACCGAGGGUGCCACUGGUGAGAGCCAGGGUGUUCUGUUCUUCCGCAACACCAAUGGCAUCGGUAUUCCUCCUGCCAAGAUGGCGCCCAAGGCUCAAUAG